AUGGAAGAGUACGACUCCAGACGAGGGGAUGACCUGCCUAGUGACGUACUGCGCAAUUUAUUUGAGUUUUUCGACGACACAUCGGAUCCAACUUCGGCCAUUACCAGGGUUCAUUGCAGUGCCGUUUGUUGUGCUUGGCGUUCGAUUCUCUGUGACCCUCAGCUUUGGAACACAAUUGACCUCUCCACCAUGGAAUCUGAUUUCAUCAGAAUACAAAUUGAGCCCUAUAUUUGGGUUAGUGAAAAGACAGAUUCGAGAUUGAAUUGCAUUUUGAAGACUGCAUUGAGUCUCAGCAGGAGAAAUAUAACCACCCUUCUCUUCAAUCUCAACCUGUAUGUUCCUGACCAUCUCUUCACUUACACUGCUGAAAGAUCCCCGAAGCUGAAACGACUGGUUAUGCCGGUAUGGAACAGGAUAAGCAUUGCCGGAAUCCGCAAGGCCAUUGCUUCAUGGAAAGACCUUGAGUCCCUUACAAUAGGUAACAUCAAUAGUUACAACUACGACUUCCUCAUGAGGCAGAUUUCAACCAAUUGCAAGAACUUCAGUGAGUUGAAGUUGGUCGGAACUUGGGGUUCCUUUGCUUCAGCACUAGUUAGAUAUGUUCCGAAACUGAAAGUUUUGAGCCUCCGGUGUUCGAAUCUCUUGAAGGAGGAUUUGAUCGCCAUAUUAAAUGGAUUACAAGACUUGGAAGUUCUGAAUAUAUCACAUUGCGUUUUGCUAAAUACUCGACCUAGAACGAGGAUUACUCUUACAGAGCUUGAUCCAUUUAUUCUUGGCAAGGCUUUUAGGUUAAGGAGAUUCAUAACGUGCAUGAAAUCUGAGUCAUGCGUCAUGUGCCAAAGGGCCAGAGAAGACGAGGGGAUCAUGAGGUGGUAUAGGUAUGAAGAAGGGUUAUGGAAAGUAGAUGAGGUCGACUCUCUUGCUCUUUGA